CCAGAUCCCCGCCCAAGGGGGGGACCGGGCGCCCUAGAGGGUGGGGGCCGGGCGGGGCCAAGGCGGGGCCAUGCUCUCCCUCAGUCUCCGUUCCUGGCUUUCAGCACCUGCCGCUGUCCGGUACCGCCGCUGCCGCCGGCCCUUCCAGCAGUUAAUGAUGUCCCAAGUCAAGCAAGUGGGUCUGUUGGCUGCUGGGUGUCAGCCUUGGAACAAAGAUGUCUGUGCAGCCAGCGGAGACAGAUUUGCUUACUGUGCCACUCUGGCCAUCUACAUUUAUCAGCUGGAUCAUCAGUACAAUGAAUUCAAAUUGCAUGCAAUUAUGUCUGAACAUAAAAAGACAAUCACUGCAAUUUCUUGGUGUCCCCACAACCCUGACAUCUUUGUGAGUGGCAGUGCAGACCACAUAGUGAUCAUUUGGAAUGUGGCUGAACAAAAAGUUGUUGCAAAACUUGACAAUAUAAAAGGAAUUCCUGCUUCUGUUAGCUGGUGCUGGAAUGCUGGAGAUACUGUGGCAUUUGUUUCUCACAGAGGCCCACUGAAUAUUUGGACUAUUUCAGGACCAGAUAUGGGUGUGAAUGUACACAAAGAAGCCCAUGGCUUCUUGUCUGAUAUUUGUCUCUUUAGAUGGCAUCCCCAAAAACAAGGAAAAGUUGUAUUUGGACAUUCUGAUGGAAGCCUUUCAAUUUUUCAGCCAGGUUCUAAGAAUCAGAAACAUGUUCUGAGACCUGAAUCUCUUGAAGGGACCGAUGAAGAGGAUCCUGUUACAGAUCUGGAAUGGGACCCAUUGUCUACUGACUAUCUCCUUGUGGCAAAUUUGCUUAAUGGCAUUCGCCUUGUAGAUUCUGAAUCACUUUCUUGUAUCACAACAUUUAAUUUUCCCACUGCAGCAGUAUCAGUCCAGUGCUUAGCCUGGGUUCCUACUGCCCCUGGGAUGUUUAUAACAGGAGAUUACCAAGUUGGGGUACUAAGAGUUUGGAAUGUUUCAAGGUCAACACCUAUUGAGAACUUUAAAUUGAAGGAAACAGGAUUUCAUGUUUUACAUGUACUUAAUUCUCCCCCAAAGAAAAAAUUUUCAGCUCAUUCUCCAGCCAAAAAUCAUUAUACAUCCUCAACUAGUGAAGCUGUUCCUCCCCCAACUUUGACACAGAAUCAAGCCUUUUCUCUUCCUCCGGGCCAUGCCGUCUGCUGUUUUAUGGAUGGUGGAGUUGGAAUUUAUGAUAUGGGAGCCAAGAAAUGGGAUUUUCUUAGGGAUUUGGGACAUGUGGAAACUAUCUUUGACUGCAAAUUUAAACCCGAUAAUCCUAAUCUUUUAGCAACAGCUUCAUUUGAUGGAACUAUAAAAGUCUGGGAUGUAAAUACACUAACAGCAGUCUACACCUCUCCUGGGAAUGAAGGGGUUAUUUAUUCUGUUUCUUGGGCUCCAGGUAAUUUAAAUUGUAUUGCUGGAGCAACUUCCCGAAAUGGUGGUUUUAUUUGGGAUUUUGAAAGAAGGAAAAUAAUAACCCGAUUCAAUGAGCAUGGAAAAAAUGGAAUAUUCUGCAUUGCCUGGAGUCAUAAAGAUUCCAGAAGAAUAGCCACAUGCAGUGCUGAUGGAUUCUGCAUUAUUCGAACAAUUGAUGGAAACAUUCUCCACAAAUACAAACAUCCUGCUGCAGUUUUUGGUUGUGAUUGGAGCCAAAACAACAAAGACAUGAUAGCUACUGGCUGUGAAGACAAAAAUGUCCGUGUUUAUUACUUAGCCACCAGCUCUGAUCAACCACUGAAAGUGUUUACUGGACAUACUGCAAAGGUGUUUCAUGUAAGAUGGUCUCCCCUGAGAGAAGGAAUACUUUGUAGUGGUUCUGAUGAUGGUACUGUUCGUAUAUGGGAUUAUACACAAGAUACUUGUAUAAAUACACUUACUGGACAUACUGCACCUGUGAGGGGAUUAAUGUGGAACACUGAAAUCCCUUAUCUGCUAAUAUCAGGCAGUUGGGAUAGUACUAUUAGGGUGUGGGAUACGCGAGAAGGAAUCUGUUUGGAUACAGUAUACGACCAUGGUGCAGAUGUAUAUGGGUUAACGUGCCAUCCAAGUCGUCCCUUUACUAUGGCAUCUUGCUCCCGGGAUUCCACAGUGAGACUCUGGUCAUUAAUAGCUUUAAUCACUCCUCUACAAAUAAACAUCCUAGCAGAUAGAUCUUGGGAACAAAUCAUUGGGAACACUGAUCGUGCUAUGGAAUCAGGUGCACCACCUCUCUUGUGUGGGAAAGUAUCAAGAGAUAUUAAACAAGAAGUAGAAAAACUAACAAGUAAUCUUCGAGGGAAAAAACUCAAAUGGUUUUCAGAAUGCUUAUCACCACCAGGAGGCAGCAAAAAUUUAUGGGACCUAGUUGCAGUAAUACAAGGACAAGAUGAUAGCUUACUUCCCCAGGACUACUCCAAAGGAAUUAUGCAUAUGAAACAUCUGGUUAGAUUUAAAACUUCCAAAGCUCAAGAACUAACAAAGGUCAAGAUGUCCAAGUUUGGAGGUGGUAUUGGUACACCUAGUAAGGAUGAACGCCUGAAGGAAGCUGCUGAGAUACACUUGAGAAUAGGGCACAUUCAAAGAUACUGUGAGCUUAUGGUUGAACUUGGAGAGUGGGACAAAGCAUUAUCAGUUGCACCAGGGGUCUCAAUGAAAUAUUGGAAGAAGUUAAUGCAGAGGAGAGCAGAGCAAUUAAUCCUGGAAGUAAAUGAUGAUGUCAUUCCAUAUUGCAUAGCUACUGGGGAUGUGAAAAAGCUACUUAAUUUUUUUACUUCAAGAGGUCAACUUAAAGAAGCCCUACUUAUUGCACAGGCUGCUUGUGAGGGAAAUAUACAGAUUCCACAAGUAUCUAUACAUAAUGAAUCUUCAUAUUCUGAUGCAAAUAACAUGGAUGAUUACAAUGAUCUCUUACAGACAGUCAGUAAAGAACUAGCAGAAUGGUAUUUCCAAGAUGGCCGAGCAGUGUUGGCAGCAUGUUGUUAUCUGGCUAUAGAUAAUAUUGAGCUUGCUAUGGCAUACCUGAUUCGUGGAAAUGAACUUGAAUUGGCUGUCAGUGUGGGCACUGUCUUAGGAGAGAAGGCAGCACCAGCAACCCAUUAUGCCUUACAAUUACUAGCAAGAAAGUGCAUGACAAUUACAACAUGGGAUUUGGCAACAGACCUUCUCUUGAGGAUACCUAAUAAUGAGCUACACUUAGUAAAAAUUUGUGCUUUCUACUCAGGAUGUACUGAAGAGAUAAAUGACCUACAUGAGAAGUGUAAUCUACCCACAAUAGAAGAAUGUGCAGGAUUAGCAGAGACUGCCCUUGCAGAUGGAAAUAUACUUGAAACUAUAAAGUAUUACUUGUUAAGUAAAGAACCUGAAAAAGCCCUUCCUAUUGGUAUUCAGUUCAUCAAACAACAAAUGAGCCAUUCAGACUGGACUGUGGAUACAGUGUAUCCAGUUCUUGACCUUCUGAGUUAUAUCCGCACUGAAAGACUAAUGCUACAUAAAUGUAGUGAACUCCGAAAUGAGUUGCUGAUAUUAUGUGGUUACAUUGGUGCUUUGUUAGCAAUCAGAAGACAAUAUCAGAGCAUCGUGCCAGCCCUUUAUGAGUACACAAGCCAGCUUUUGAAACGGAGGGAUGUGUUAGUGCCUUUGAGAAUUGAACAACUUUCUGAAGAACUGGAUGCCUGGAGAGCUUGCCUACAUUCAGCCAACAAAUCAACAGAAGAACCUCCACAUACCCCUCCUUCUGACUCCCAAAGAAUGAUUUAUGCAAGUUUGCUAAAGAAAAUGAAGGAAGAACCACUCAUAGGUAUCACUGGGCCAGACUCUGUCACUGGAUCAAAUCUUCCAAGUCAUUCAGAUAUCCACAUUUCUUGUUUGACAGGAUUAAAGAUUCAGGGUCCUGUCUUUUUCCUUGAAGAUGGAAAAUCAGCAGUUUCACUGAAUGAUGCUUUGAUGUGGGCAAAGGUGAAUCCAUUCUCCCCCUUAGGGACAGGAAUACGACUUAAUCCAUUCUGAAAGAAGAUUUCUCCUUACUAAAUUGCAUGGGGGGUAGGGAGGGAGGAGUUCCUGCAGGUUAAUAUUACCAUAACCUCAAAUGCUGAAGGACAGAAAAAUAGCAGUUGAUUUUUAUCCUGAGUGGCAAAUGUAUUUGAAUUGUGCAAUUUACACACAUAAGGAAAGGAAAAUGAAAAAUUGAUGAAAAUGAAACAUUCAAGUUAUUUAAAGAAAAAUUAUCACAUUCUUUAUUUAACUGAUAACUUUCCAACUUGGUUGGAAAGAAAAGUUAAUAUUCUUUUUAUAAGGCAGUCAAAAUAUUUAAAUUAUGAAAGACUAUAUGCAAAGAAUGAAAAUCCUUUGCACCUAAGAACAAUACCAAAAUACCAAGUAGUUAAAACAUUGACAUUUAUGUUUCAAAUACAUAAAAAGGCUAAAUAAGCAUUAAGUUCUGACAUUCUAUAGUGGAUUUUAAACUACAUGACUAUCUACAUUUUUGGUUUGUAAAAUGUGUAAUUGUCCCUUUUUAUCUUUGGUUCAUAUUUAAUAAAAUAUUUCUCUUAGAAAUUAGAUGUGUAAAUAAAUGUGUUCAUAGUUCAAUCAAUUCCAUUUUUAAGGUCACAUGAAAAGUUCAUCUAUCUAAUCACAUACACUCAAAUGUAUUUUGAUAUUGACAAAAUAAACUGAUCAAAAUUAUAAAAUUCAAGUAGGUAUCUGAGAAUUUAUAGAAUCUGUGACUCAACUGUUCACUUUUCACCUAGAUAACUUGAAAUUCCAUGGACACAGCAUAAUUUUAUUUUGAUUAACAUUUAAAAUGUAUAUAAUGAAUCUGUCCCUAGUGUGAUCUUACCUAACAAUUUUGAAACAAUGUGGAAGAAAUUCUUAUAAGGAAACUACACAUUUAUUCAAAACAAUUGGAAUACACUAUGUAAAUUUAACUUUUUGCUCUUUUGAAUACACAGACAAUAUUUUAAUUAGAUCAGGUUUCUCUAUAUUUAGCUAUAGAUAAGGUUUUUAAGUUAACACAAAUAGGACAGAUAUUCUGGUUUUGAUUCUUAGCCAAUUAUUUAGGAA